AUGGGGCAGCAGCAGUCCGGAUUCGGCGGCAAGCGUGAGGACCGAGGCGCCGGCGAUGCGGACAAGGAUAAGAAGCGGAAGUAUGAGGCGCCAAUUCCGACUCGAAUUGGGAAGCGGAAGAAGAAAGGGAAGGGCCCGGAUGCUGCCAGCAAACUGCCCACUGUAACCCCGCAUACUCGAUGCCGUCUAAAACUACUGAAACUCGAGCGAAUCAAGGAUUACCUUUUGAUGGAACAGGAGUUUAUCCGGAACCAGGAGCGUUUGAAGCCGCAGGAAGAGAAGCAAGAGGAGGAACGUACAAAAGUUAACGAUCUACGAGGAACGCCGAUGGCUGUAGGCAGUUUGGAAGAAGUAAUCGACGAUCAGCACGCCAUUGUUUCCACAGUCUGCUUUCCUCAUAUGCUUAACGUGGGCAGUGAACAUUAUGUGAAUAUAUUGUCAUUCGUGGAUAAGGAGCAGCUGGAACCAGGAUGCGCUGUGUUGCUGAAUCAUAAAACACACGCUGUGAUUGGCGUACUUGCUGAUGACACGGAUCCAAUGGUAUCAGUAAUGAAACUUGAAAAAGCCCCGCAGGAAACUUAUGCGGAUGUUGGAGGGCUCGAUCAUCAGAUACAGGAAAUAAAGGAAUCGGUAGAAUUGCCACUCACCCAUCCAGAAUAUUAUGAAGAAAUGGGCAUCAAACCACCAAAAGGUGUUAUCCUGUACGGAUGUCCGGGCACUGGCAAAACGUUGCUAGCUAAGGCAGUUGCAAAUCAGACUUCUGCAACUUUCCUUCGUGUUGUUGGCUCGGAGCUGAUUCAGAAGUAUCUGGGUGAUGGUCCAAAAAUGGUGCGCGAGUUAUUUCGUGUCGCUGAAGAGCAUGCACCGGUAAUAUUAGCUCAGCUUUUUAGCCGUUUCAAUUACCUUGUUUACUACGCUUCACCGCGCGCCGACGUUUGUGAGCGUUGGUAG